AUGGAUGAAGGCCAAUUUACAUAUACUGAGCGACCCGCCAAGCGGCCGUUGACCAAUAUCUCAGGCGGAAGAAAGCUAAAUGCCCCGGGGAGCAACCUGUCUGCUCUCUCUGUGCUAGGCUACGGCAGCAAUGUCUAUAUGCUGAAGAAAGGCGCCGGUUACCACCCCUCGAGGAACACUCGAGGAAUGCGAAGUCUUGAGAAUAAACUUGGAGAGGUUCUCAAUGUGCUUGGUAGCUCGAGAGGCGGAACACAAAUGCCAGCGGAUCAUCACAUUCCCUCUGAGACACUGUCAAGACCAAGCUCAUCCAUUACGCUACCACCAUGGGAGGAGAUAUUGCCUAUUGCAGAACUAUAUUUGCAGUAUUGUGAAUCUCAGCCUCUUCCUCUCUUCCACAGGGACAGCUUUCUCAGAACUCUACAAACACGAGAUUCUGAGAUCAUUUUUGCCAUGCUAGCACUGGCAUCUCGAUUCUCAUGCUCUCAUCCUAAUAGGACCGAGCCUACAAGUCUUGUGAAUGGUUAUGCCGAGGUUUCUCGAGGCUUGAUCAUGAAAAGAGUCUCGGAGGGCCCCGUGGAGCUUUCAACGCUCCAGUGUCUCUGCCUUUUGAGCUUGGUAGAUUUUACAAAUGGCAACACGCAUCGCUCCAGCAUCCACAGCAGUCUAGCAAUGAACCUUGCGCAAUGCGCCAAUCUUGGCCAAGAGCCACGCACUACGGUUAGCACCACAGUUCGCGAGGAACGAAGAUGCUGCUUCUGGAGCAUAUGUCUCCUCAAACGACUACACGGCGGGGAGUUCUCGAUAUUAGACAUGCCUGAAGUUGGAAGGCCGCCUUUUCCCCAAAGCCCAAAACGACCAGCACGGCUGCUUUCGCCGGGGCCUUCAACCGUCGAAAUGCGGCGAAGUGACAUGCAAGACGAAGGAAUCAUUGCCUACGUGGUAACACUGAGUGAAGCAUUUGCACGAACAGCACGAUACGUGCGACUUCACGGCCGGCCCAGCAAUGUCCCACCCUGGUCUCCCCAUUCUGAAUACUCGAAGAUCCUCGCCUUGCAGAUGGAUCUUGAGACUAGAAUGCCCUACACCCAUCGGUUCAAGCCUGCAAAUCUAGGCGACAGAACCCUAGAGGAACUACAGACACAUCGUGAAUACUGGGGUCCUUGGUUCUUGAACCAGUUCAUGUAUCACACCAGUUUGUGUCUUCUGAACCAUCCCCUCCUGCUCUCCUUGAGUCUUCGCAAUUUCCGGAAUACCAUUCCAGAAAUCUUUCUGCAGCAUACAUCGGACUUGAUUUCUUCGCAUACGACCUGGAUCAUUCAUUUCAUCAAUUACUUUGAAGAGAAAUCGUUUCUGGUUUCGGAUCCGCUACUGGGCUAUAGUGCUGCUGUUGUGGCUACCAUCGAGCUGCAACUUAGCUUUACAGAUAACUCGACAAUCAGGGAACAGAAGCGUGAGAGAUUUACCAAAUGCGUCAAGUUUGUACAGCAGAUAGGCGAAAGAUGGCCACAUAUGGCCCGGUUGGCUCACAGACUCCAACGCCUAGAAGAUGCAGUCUCAGCAACCUACCAAUCAGACCCAGACGCACAAAACCAAAGCCUCCUGAUCGACUUGUCCCGCUUCUGGGAAAUCCUAGAAUACUCCUCAAACAGCGACGCAGACUCUGCCCGACGUCUAUUCGGGGGAUCUCUCUACGCAGGAUCCUCUUCUGCCGGUGCAGAAGUAUCCCAAACAUCCCCUUUACCAGCGCCGUUCCGACUGAAUCCCCAAGAUGAAGGCACCCCAAACCUUCGACAACAGCCCUUCACUGCCAAUGCCGCCUUUCCAACCGAGGAAUACCCAGCGAACUCUCUAGUCUCGCCGCAGCAUUUAACGCUGUCGAAUGAUGAGUUCUCGAUCCUCGCUACGAAUUUCUUCUCGCAGGGUCAGGAGUUUCUCCGUAGUGCGGAUAAUUGGGAUAGUAUUGGGAAUUUUUAG